GCUACGUCAUAAAUUGUACGUAACCAAAUCUGAACGUAAUAAAUUUAUUUCUACUCGGCGUAGUUUUAUCGUAGAAACGUUCUCACACAGCACUAAGGUCGAAGAACAAUUGGGAAAACAGGCUAAAACAUCAGUGAAGGAGAUGUUUGCAUUGGAAAGACGGCGAUGGUUAUCGGUGAAACUGAUUUUAGGUUGGCUUAGAUAGAAUAACAACACGUGUGCUAUAAAGAGGAUACUGAAACGCGUCUGCGAUGGCUAAACUCUAUUCAUAUUACACACUAUGUCCGCUUAUCGAUCAACAGAAUUUACUGGGCGUUGAACGAGAUUCGGAAAGUGGAUGUGCAAUUGUGACAUUAGGAAGAAAUAUUGUGAUUCGGUAUAAGCUACAAGACCCAAAGCAAUUAAGCAGUUGGACAAGCAAGGAUCGAUUAACAACGCAAGUUAUUUACGACGAAACAACGUGUCGUUAUGCAGCAAUAUUUAACGAGAAAAAAUUACGUCUUUGGUCGGAGAACGAAACCGAUCUAAAUAACAUUAGGGGUUACAAAUUUCAAUCUCCUUUACAUACGAUUCUUACGUUUGAAACAUGUCCUCCAGUGUUGGUACGCAAAGACGGUGCUACUGCCUCGUUAGAAUGGGCUGUACAAAAUAGAAAAUCCUGGAGCAAAGAAGGGAUAUUAAGGGCGGGUGACAAAAUUCUAGACUGUCAUUUGAUUUGUACAGGCAUCAAAGUUAGCUUAUGCUUGUUGACUAAAAACAAAGGGACCUACACUUGUGUUGUGGUCAAGCUGAACAGCGAAACUUAUUCUCAGGACACAGAUCGUGCAAGGAGAAUGGAAUUGAAGCGAAGGUCGGAAGAAUUGGUUGGUUAUACCGUGCUUUGCACCAAGAAAACAGCCUGUCUCCUGACACUAUGGUCCCAUGGUAGAUUGUACAGCCAUUCUUUGAUGGAAACUAGCAACGAAGCCAGCUUAAAUACAUUGGUCGGUAUUAUCAAUAACAUCGAUACCAAACACCCAGUCGUAAUGACUCCAUUGAACGAGGCGACCGUGGCAAUUUACGGAGCUGACGCUUCGGCAGAAGGAGCCGUAUUAAUGAUCUAUAACGUUCAAUUCAAGUUGGUACAGGACGCGCAGAAAUUGAAAUUAUAUACAAAAGAUGCAAAAUUGUGGAAAAUCGAGGACAAGUUAUUAUUAGCCGCCAAUAGACAUCUAGCAAUCGCGCCGUAUCACUUGGCACCUCAAAAGAUAGCGUCUUUGCUUGGUUCGUCGUUGCGCUUCAAAAGUAACGACGAGAACGAGGGGGAGGACGACGAUAUAGUUGUGAUACAAGAGUCGAAGUUAGCGCAGUGGGAAGGGAAGAAACCAGCUGCCUUGAAGCAGAUUCCGCAAUUAAUAGAAUCAAAAGACAUUGGAACUAUUGUAUGGUGUUUAAAUACAUAUAAAGACCUGCCAGAGAAAUUAUUAAUCGAUCUAUUGAUCUUUUCUCUUCGGAGUCCUGACAGUACAUUCCUACCGACGCAAAACGGUAAGAUCAAUGAUCUACCGAGGACCAACAAUUAUUAUUCGAGAAACGCAUUUCUUGAUAAAAUUUUUAGCCUCACUUAUUCCGACGUCUCUUUGGCUACAUAUCUGAAAAGUGGUUUGAACUUUGACGAAAUACUUCGGCUGUUGCAAUACUUGAUACAAAAGUUAGAUGACCGAGAACAAGAUUCUCCUUACGACGAUCUCGCGCAGGAGCCCGCAGAAAAACAGCUGUACGAAUGGUCUAGCCUUUUGUUAGAGUCUCACUAUCAGCAGUAUGUAUUGUCGCGAGAUCCGGAAGUGUCGAUGCUUCUCAAUAAACUUAACUAUGUCCUAGACGAUCAUCUACGCCUACUAAAAGAUAUGGAGAACUUGAGACCUCUCUUAAACCGGACCAUUAAUGGCAAGUCAUUGAAAUUGUUACAGAAAAAUCGUAACAAGUUCUACGCAAUAGAGGAUAUUAAACUUUAUUAACAUGUAACAUAAUCUAAGAAAUGUAAAGAAAUGAUGGAAGAGAGAUAAUCUUCCUCCUCGUUCAAACAGGAAGUUUUUUUUACCAUUUUUUCACUCGAGACUUCUUCUUUCAAGUAAAAGAAAAGUCAAAAGUUUUAAAGAUUGUGCCGACAGAUCAGGAACACACACUAAUAAAUACAGUAUGUGCAUGCGUCUUGUCUUCGUAGGCAAAAGAGUCACGUGUAAUACCUGCACUCAAGCCUGGACCAUCUUGUGACACUUCAUAAAAAAGCACACACUAUAAAUUGUAGCACAUUAAAUCUGAUUACUCGUUCAAAUCCACAAGGGAUCACGGGUAGACACAACA